UUGUGGUUGGUCGAAGUGGACGUAGACAAAAACAAAAUGGCGAAUAAAUUAAUCAAUUUGUAGGUUUAUUUGAUAAUUUAAGGAAUUAUAAUCCGAUUCGAUAUGGUUAGAUGAAAAGUAUGAGAAAUUAUAUAUCCAAAGGGACAGGUGCUCAUGUGUUGACUGUCUAAAGUUAGUUAAUUUGAAACCUAACCUAAAAAUUUUUAAAGAAUGGAUAAUACAGAGGAGCCCUAUCUAACGCUUUUAAACGACGGUACAAACAACUACCUUUUACAAACUUCUGACGAAACUUUGGUACCCGAUCCAAGUUUAAAUGUGGAACCCAUGUUUACCGAAAUUGAGGAUGGUGCGGGUGCGUGGUCUGUCGGCCUGCCAAUUCUGAUGAAUGGUGGCCUUAUCUCCGAAGUAGAUCAAGAAUUAGUACCUUCCAUUCAUUUACCAGAGCAGAAUAACGAAACAGUCCCAAGUAUUUCGCCAAGCUUACCGGACCUUUAUCAGGAGCCUAUCGAAAGUCAUCCAAUUUUACAGGAGGAGAAAAACGAAAACGUACUUAAUUAUCCCAUUGAACUACCUAGUAAAGGUUUUAUCACCUCAGAUGGGUUAUUUAUUUCAAACGAUUUACUGUAUCAAUUGAAAUUAAAUGUCGACAAUGACCCCAAUACAAACACUGAGCCAGUCACUAAGAAUAACAAUGAGAAUGGCAAUGCGAAGAAUGGUGAUCAUUUGUUAAACAAUGAUGGGCCAGUGGUUAAUGUUGAACAGCUGCUGGGUGCAAAGGGCAUAGCUAAUAAUGAGGGCAUGUAUUUUGAUGUUGUAAUGGCGCAUAAGUGUAAGCAAUGCGCUUAUUUAUGCGAGGAAAAAACUGCAAUGUUAAUUCAUUGGCAAACCAAUCACUUGGUCACUUCGGAUGUCGACGUAAAAUCAAACGGUGAAAUGAAUCUGAAAAGCAUAUUAAAGCCACCCAGUGGGACUGAGACUGUUUACAUAUGUAGUGAGUGUAGCAUGGGAUUCGGAAGCACGGAAAAAUUGAAAAUUCACAUGAUGAAUGUACAUAAAUUGAUUCAGCAUGUUAAUGAGGAGGCCAAUGGCAAUGAGGUGAAGGUUAAGGAUGAAAAAUCCGCUCCAAACAAUGUGUCUGCGAAUAAGAAGAUGAAAAUUUCCCUGGCUGAAAUUGAGAAGCAGGCCAAGGCAUCGAAGAAAUUGAAGUGUUCAGUGAAAGGAUGUGACUUACGUUUUUCAUUGGAAGACAUGCGUUCAAGGCACGAGAAAUGUCACGUGGAAGGCGAAAAGAAGCAGUUUAAGUGCUUUGAAUGUGGCAAGAAGUUUUCCAUAUGGCGAAUCUGUAGCUUACAUCUGUGGAAGUGUCACAAAGUCGAUUUGGGACUAUUCACAUGCCCGAUGUGUGUAGUUUUUAAAGCGAGUAGUGCAGGCAGGCUGUUGACUCAUAUGGCGAUACAUGAUGUUGAGAAACCCUUUCUGUGUAAUGUCUGUGGCAAAAGCUUUAAACUGCACACCGAGUUGAGGAACCAUCAUUUUGUGCUUCACAAGGAUGUGGAGAGCGUUCCUGAGUGGGCCGUUCAGCAGCAAUGUGAUACGUGCAAGAAGUUUUUUGCAAACCCAAAAAGUCUGAAGAAACACAUUCAGAGUGUUCAUGACCAAUAUAAGCCGUUUAUUUGUAAUAUUUGUGGACACAAAACUGCUCGGAAAGCAAUGUUGGAUCUACAUUUGCGUCAGCACACAGGAGAAAAGCCACAUCAGUGUCCAGUGUGCGAUUAUCGCACAGGUGAUCACAACUCGUUACGGCGACACCUUAUGCGUCACAGCGGGGACACAAAGUACGCUUGUCCCCACUGCAAUUACCAAUCGAUACAAAGCACAUCAUAUAAGAACCAUAUCGCUAGUAAACAUCCAGGAUUGGGAGGAUCCUACUUCUGUAGUAUCUGUUCUUAUCAUACAGUCAACGAAAAUACGUACAAUAAUCACCUUACCUGUCACAAAGAGGGGUUGAUAAACGAAAAUGGAGAUUCUGCUGAUGCAAGCAAAAAGAUUUCGAAGGAUCCCAAACCGGCGAGCAGUCCAUCUCGGAAAAAGCAAAAGGGCUCCCAGGAACAGGAAGACGAUGAAACUCAGAAUUACUUACUAAUGUUGGAUCAUUCGAAUGAUGCCAUCGGCGUAGACACGGGUGGGAUAACUAUACCGGCAGGUUUGGAGUUGGUAAUGCUUUAAUUACAAUCUGACAUCUGCUGUUCAACCGCAUUAGUCAACAGUGACAUUAAAUUAGUGAAUGUUAAUGAAACGGGGAGUAAUUGCAGAUGUGCGUUUGCACAUUUGAUGUAACUACCUAUCUACUUUAUUCUAAAUAGACAAUCGUUUGUUACUUUUUGUAUGUAUCGUGCUUGAAUACUAAUUGUAAAUAUA